ACCGCGGCGGGUUACCGGCUCCUCUCUUCUGACCUGUAAUGGGACUGUUUUCGGGGAAUAAAACGAGUUUUCAGGGGUGUGUGUACCUGCAUAAAAAGAGGCAGAGAAAGACACACAGCAGGCACAUCUGCAACAGAGCUGAAACAUCCCAGAGGGGUUCAACACCGACCUCCACCUGCAGAGCUUCAUCUGCCUGCUGCUCCACCCAACUCCUAGACGCCCUCCAGCAGUUUACUGUUGGGGCUACAUUAUGGUGAAGCCAGGUGCACUGCUCCUCCUGCUGGCUGUUGCUGCCAGCCAGGCCAACAGUGAUCCGCCAUUUACGGUUGGUUCAUUAGAGACAAGAAUCGUUUGUCCAAUCACCUUCUAUGGACAUUCAUACAGCUGGGUGCAAGUGUCGUUUAUAAAUUCAGGCCUUGCAGUUUGUUUCAAAGAUGGCCAGAAUGCCACUGCUCUAGACUGUCUGUCGGUGGACAACGGAGUGAAUUCAGACAGAGUCCGUGUGUCUGCAAUCGACGAACUCAACGGCCCUGGAAGUGUAAUCGUGACAAAUCUGGGAUACAGCGGCUCCCCUUCCUACUGCUUUGUCAAAGUAGAAUUCAAAGACAGAAGUAACCUCACGUUGAUUAUGGAGAUCUAUAAUUUUGGUCGACUAUCACCUUUGAAGAUGAGUGCAAACCAAGAUUUUUCUCCUACUAACUUUACCAUAACAACAUCAGUUAAUGGCUUAGUUGCAGGGAACUGGACAUUCACUGGAAAGGAAGUGUCUGGCACUGUUUUCCUGGAGACAAGUGGAUGCCGACACUUAGGUACCCCCGUUCAAGCUAAUUCAGCGGUAAUGAUACCAGACGCCUGCACCAACGUGCUCUGUGAUCCAUCUGCAGUGGUCAGACCUAACAGUACAUGUCAUGGCCGGGAGGUUUGCCAUGGCAACAACGUAUGCGCUAUGCCCAAGGUCGUGUGCACUGUGACUGGCUCCACUGUCAUCGAUUUCUUCAACAAGGACUACUCUAUCCCAGAUCGGUGUCCGUACACAAUUAUUAAGUCUGAACAAAACUCGAGUUUUGAGCUCUUGGCAGUUUUUCGGGAGCGCCGCCGCAAAGAUGUGGCAUUUUUGGACCAUUUGAUACUGACGGUGAUUCCACCGGGUGUAUCAGUGUUUUUUGAACAAGGUGGAAGAGUUCGGUUUGGUGACCAACCAGUAAUACUCAACGCAACGACUCAGGUGAUUCAUGGUGUGGAGCUCUCCAAGGACCACACUGGAGUUACUGCCAAGAUACAGUCCACAUCCAUAACAAUCUUUUUUGAUGGCAACACCGCACAUGUGAGAGGACUUGAAACAGAACGUGUAGUGGGUUUGUGUGGCAACCUCAAUAAUCCCAACAUCACUACAUCCCUGAACGCAGAGAAAACCACCAAUUUCAGUCGAGCUGGCUGUGAUGUUCAGCACAGCGACACCAACGACACUUCGAUCAACUGCAGCCGCUCCUCUGAUCACUGUGAGCUCAUGAGGAGGGCUCCCUUCACUGCUUGCCACAGCACCAUUGACCCAAGACCCUAUGUCAAUGCCUGCACUAACGUUUUGUGCCGGUACCCAGAGGUGGACGGUCUCAGAUGCCAGUUUUUUGAGGCUUACGCUGAGUCCUGCAGCCUGAAAAAAGCCAUCACUCUGCAGAACUGGAGGUCAAUGGUCGGCUGCUCUGCCAGCCCUCGGCCCUGUCAGGACAAGUACUGCAGUGAUAACGAGUUCUGCGGCCAGAAGCCUGGUGGAACCCGUUGCUUCUGUCGGGCUCUGUUUGCCUCCAAGUACAAACCCACCAACAGUUUUGGCGAGCCGACAGUCUGCAUGCAGAAUUCUGCUUCUCUUUCUCUGGCAAACUGUCUGCUGGAGGACAAAGGCAUCGACUACACCUCCCUACACCUCAAUGACCCGACUUGUGAAGGUGACUUUGACAGCACGAGCCACAUGGUGACUUUCCACUUUAACGACAGCAGUGACUCCUGCGGGACAGAGGUUUCGAAGAACAUGAACAACCAAAUUAUCUACAAGAACACCAUCAAGACGAGGAACACCUCCAAUGACAUCAUCACCCGCCACGACCAAGUACAGAUCGACUUCUCCUGCUUGCACAAAAAGCCAGAGAUCAAGACUGUGACCUUCAAGAUCAAAGACAGCUCUGUGAUAGAGGAGCUUUUAUAUGGAUUUUGGAAUUACACUCUGAUGAUGAGGGCCUACACCGAUCCCGAGCACAUACACCAUAUCAGGCCGACCACUGAGAUCCAGUUGAACCAGAGGGUCUGGCUGGAGCUGAAGACCAAGGGGCUGGACAGCAACAUGGUCGCCUUGGUGACCGACUCCUGCUGGGCAACCACCCAGCCACUGGCAAAUGACACCCUGCGAUACAAUCUCAUCAUCAACGGAUGUGGUAAUGACUCAACGGUGGAGGUGGAGGGCAACGGAAUGGGAACGUCCAACUCCUUCUCUUUCAACGUGUUCCAGUUCACUGGGCAUAGUGGCGAUAUCUACCUGCACUGUGAAGUGAAGCUGUGCCUGAAACAGGAGGAAGACUGCACUGUGGGCUGUGGCAGUAAAAGGAGGCGCAGAUCUCUCAGGUCUAAAUUUGCAGGUGGAAACUCAGCCCUCAUCUCUAUGUCCUGGAAUAAUUAAAGACAGCUCCCCUUCUGAUCGAUAACGCAGUGAUUCCUGAUUUGAGCUUCAUCCCAACAAGAAGUUAUCGUUGCUGUGAAACAGUGUCGGCAGAUAAUCUUCGUUUCAUCCACCUGAGAUGGCGUUGAUUAUCUCUGCAGAAUCCGUGGGCUGCUGAUUCGACCCACUGAUUCAUGCACAUAUAAUCUGUGGUGAAAUAAUUGAAGUAUAGUCCAGUGAAGUACAAAAUAAUCAAUGAAGGGUUUAGAGGGUUUUAUUGAGUCCACGCACUACUUCCUGGUCCUGUGGGUUCUUUUGAAAUAUACACUGCAGUUGAAAAGUUUGGCUGUUUGAUUGUUUUUUUUAUUACACCACAUCAGUGUAACUGGAUUUAUUUGUAAAGAGGACUUUAUAAACCCUAAAAGCAUCAAAGAGCAUUCAAACAUAUGGAGUCGUCCUCUCAGACAGAAACUUCUGUGGCAGCAGAUUCCAAAUUUAGGAUUAUGUUUUUAAUUUCCUCUUUAAUUUCACCUGCCUACUUUAAAUGUACACACCUUAAAUGAAUGCAGAGACAGAAUUUCUGUUUCAGUGACAUGAAGUAAAAAGAAGUUUCAGUUGAAAGAAAGCAAGAAGGUUUCAAGAUCCAGUUGAAGGAAAAUCCUGAUGUGAAUGUGAACAUUGAA